GCUGUCUUCAUAAUUGGGACACAUUAUGGAUAUAAAUAGAAUUGUCGCAAAUAAACAGUGGAAAGUUUUACAAUAGUUCUGCUUCAAGUUCAGGAUCACACAACAGACAUGGCACAAAUCAUACGUUGGGGCAUCGCUUCGGCUGGAAAGAUCAGCGAGGAUUUUGUCAUUGCAUUGAGCACACUGCCCGCCAGUGACCACAAGGUUCAGGCCGUGGCUGCCCGCACUCUGGAUCGGGCACAGGACUUUGCCAAGAAACACGAGAUUCCCAGUGCCUACGGCAGCUACGCGGAGUUGGCCAAGAGCAAGGAUGUGGAUGUCGUCUACAUUGGCGUCCUGAAUCCCCAGCACUAUGAGGUUUCCCUGCUGAUGCUGAACAGCGGCAAGCAUGUGCUCUGCGAGAAGCCUUUGGCCAUGAACAAGAAGCAAGUGGAGGGCAUCCUGGCCGCCGCCAAGGCCAACAAACGCUUCUUCAUGGAGGCUGUGUGGUCGCGCUUCUUCCCCGCCUACCAGCGUGUACGAGAGCUGACCUCCAGUGGCCAAUUGGGUGAGGUCAAAGAGGUUGUGGUCAACUUUGGCUUCCCCCUGGCCAAUGUUGAUCGUUUGCAAAAACGCGAGCUGGGAGGAGGUGUGGUCUACGAUUUGGGCGUGUACACCAUUCAGGUGUCGCAGUGGGCCUUCCAGGAGAAGCCACAGAAGAUCGAAUCGAGUGGCACCACCAAUGCCGAGGGCAUUGAUGAUGAUGUGAGCUCCACAUUGACCUAUUCCGGUGGACGCACUGCACGCAUGCGUUUCUCCUCCAAGGUGAAGCUGGACAACACAGCAGUCAUUAAGGGCACCAAGGGACAAGUGACGCUGAUUGACUUUUGGUCGCCCAACAAACUGAUUGACAUUGAUGGCAAGGAGAAGGAGUGGCUGCCGCCCAAGGGCAAAUAUCCCACAAAUUAUGGCAACUCCGAGGCCAUGCGCUACGAGGCGGAGGCUGUCCGUCAAUCCAUCAUUGCCGGCGAUGUGGAGAACAAAAAUGUUACCUAUGCGGACAGUUUGCUCUUUGCCGAGAUUCAGGACACAAUUCGCAAGCAGAUUGGUGUGCUGAACAAGUACGAUGAGGAAUAAAUUUAUAGAUUUGUAUUAACCAUAAAAGAUA